GCCUAAGCAGCUGUAGCUGCUCUGACAGUAACGUUGGGGCGGCCGCACGGAAAACACACGUGUUAUACGAACAGCGGUGCGACGUGCUCGGACUCGGCGUCCCUCUCGAUGGACAAAGGGCAUCGCUGAAAUCGAGUGGACGUAAUCGGGUGGUGCAGGUCGCACAGAUGACUUCCGGUCGUUUUCUCCGGGGCGGAAGCGUCCCGAGCGUCGGUUCUGUUGGUCGCGCCUCCGACUUGGCCAUAAAAAUCCCGCCGUCAGCAGGUUCGACGAGUUCCGCUCGACUCCGAUCGUGAUCGAUCGGUUUUAUUUUUGCGUACGGAAAUGUUCCACACGGCGAGCCACGCACUCGCUCGUUUUACCCGUUUUGCGUUCUUUCUUGCACGUGUGAUAAGUGAAAGGUAUCGUAAUUAUCAGGGUUGGUUUCCCCGUGUCGUUUACCGCGGAAGUGACUUCAGUGGCGUCGGUGGCGGGUUUUGUUGCUCUCAGAGGGUGUUGCACGUUGUGGUGGACAUCAAUCGCGGAUAAUUCCGCUUUUCUAGUGCAUGGAAAAUUUAUGUUGUUUGCAUUCGCCAUGUUUCGAAGCGUUUGGGGAAUAAUUUAGGGUAGUUUGCAACGGAUUCUCUUGUGUUUGGUGGUUUUUUUUUUAAUAUUUAAAACAUUAUUAUUUAAUAGAGUAUGAUAAAUCCUAUGUUGUUUUAUUUUUAUUUUCGACUGUGUUUCUACUUGCUGCCAAUUUUAUUUACUCUAAAAAUAUGUUAGUAUAGUUUGUUAUCGUUCAAUUUGAAACGUUUAUUAAUUUUAAAAUGUUUAUCAAUUCUUUGGAAUAGUGACUAGAAUAUAAAUAAUGUUGCUUAGCGAUUUAGAUUGUGUUCCAUGUUUUAAAGAUUAAAUUUUCCUUGAAUUUUCUUUUUAUGUUUUAUAUGGCAGACUGCAAGAUUAUAUUUAAAUUUAUUAUAAAGAUUGCAUAUUUAUGUUCCAUGUUUACGACGCGAUAAUUUAUGAUGCGACAGUCUUUCUUUCCUGCAAUUCGCUGUUAGUAUUUCAUAUUUCCGAAUAAAUUAUAUUUGAUCGGUAUUCGAGAAUUAUCAGUCACGGGAACAAUGUUAGGUGAAUAUAUUAUAUAUAUAUGGAUGGUUUCUCUUUCUUAUCAAUGCGUGCAGUUAUCACUAGCCAAAAGAGUGACGUUUCAUAAAAUAUUCACAUUUAAAGCCAGUUAAAUAAAUAUCGUAUGCAUGAAACACAAGUCCACGUGCAAUAAAUUCCAGUGAUAAAUUUUUGCUUUGUGAUUAACGGGACUUUGCAGACUUUGCCUGCGAUCGAAUGCUUCGUAUCGAGAAUAUCUUUCCUUAUAGACAUUUCUGUUAAUGUAUGUCUCGUCAUAAAAGAGCUGCUUCUGGUUCACUGUAUCAUCGAUCACAAGUGGUUUUUUCCUGAAAAGAGUUGAAAAUACGAGACACAAAGAGGUGGUCAUGUAAGCGCGAGGGUAAAGAGCCUACGGUCGAUUAUCGUUCAUCUCGUCGAGUGGUUAUCGCAUCUUCCAGCGGGGAAAGCACCGAUGCGGACGAAGAGGAGUACAAGUUCCACGUUUCUCUUCUCGGGCUCUACGCGAAAGAUACGUGCGCUUACAUAACUUGCACGAUAUCCCAGCAAAUAUCACGCGAAACGUAAACGCGAUCGCUAAGUAGCUCGCUUUCAGCAUUUCAUGCUGUCGCUCUUAUCGCGUUUACUAAUCGACCGACAAGAGUCACACUCGUACCUAGUACCUUUUGCAUUAUUAAGGCGAAUUGUUACGGACUUUACAACUGUACCGAUUUGCAUCCGCGUCUCAGCUGAUUUCAACCAGAGAGACGUAUUGCACCAGGCCCGAGUGUGUUGAUCGCGGUAUUCCCGGCCGAGGUGAAAAAAUCCGACGAUUUUACGGUAACGGUGUGUAUUUACGUAUACGGGAAUGCAUAUUUAUAGACGUUAAAAACGUCGCUUACAUUUCGAUAAGAUCACGCAUGAAUGUAAAUUCUUGCUUUACCUUUAAAGUACGUCCAUUCGUACGUGGAACAUUAGCGACUAACGACGUUCGACCUGGAGAAUGUCACCGACACAACACGUCUGCGUGCUGAGUUCACGUAACACACUCGGCGUGUUCGGAUUCUCGCCAUUCGCGAUCGCGUUUCAGUUUCGACAACAUCUAACGCUGGGAAAUCGCGUUCCGCUCAAUAAUCCCAUCGCCUCCUGGUUCUCGUAAUUCUUUUCUUAUUACCGCCUUGACGAAAGAAUCGCGCUAACUCGAUGACGUGAUACUUCCACGUGCUAAUUGCCGAGUGUUAAUUGAUGCUUAAAUUACCGAGUGAGUGAUGGCGACGCUUGUUAGUCUUGUGAAAUUGUACUCGCUCGCAUCUCUGCAAAAAGACCUAAUUAAUAUUAUGUCACACGAUUCAUAAUCCCGUAUGCUCUUCCCUUCAGUCUAUUAUAAGUUACAAAGCUGCUAAAUUAAUUUUGCGAAGUUUAGAUUACAGCUUCCGGUUUCUGACAAGUAUAUGCAAAGAAGAUAAUUAAUUUAAUGUAAUAAAUUUACAUCUCUGUUGAAUGUCAAGAAAAUAACAUAACAAAAUAUAUAAAAACUCAGAAGAAAAAAACAGAUGAACGAAAAGCGACAAAGAAAUUGGAUUUAAAUGUGGCAAAGAUCUUUAUUCCUUAUCACAAUGACAAUAUGUACGAAUAACGAGAUAAAAUUAUUCAGUAAUUAAACAUUUUCACGAGACACAGACGCCUUUGUUCAGAAUAGUUAUUAACAUCGUAGAAUUUCCGUAACCGAGAUUCUCCUCCGCAAUUAACGUGUUCCUCAUGCGUUUAGGCAUUCUUUCCAUCGCAUCGUUUCUCUUGUCCUUGCGUCGCUCAAAUUGUGCGUGACAGCAAUUCCGUUCACAAAUCUUAUCGACUUUCAUUUAUUAGCAGAUAAACGAUUAGUCAUUGCAAACGAGUAAAAUCAUCAUAGGGAAAGAACUUAGGGAAAACGGAGACUACCUAGAAACAUUGUUUCGUGGAGGAAUUGUUCAAUUGUUUCAUUUGGUGAAACGAAAGACAUGCUGGCCGAGAGUGCGUUAGCUUUGUUUGUGCCCGUUAAUCAGUUCAAUUGAAUAACGUAUUAAUACUCCGGGGUCAUCGCGAGGGUUAAUCGCAAUGUCCACGCCGGACACGAUGGAUACCAUCGACGAAGCGGAGCAAGCGUGGCAUGAGAUGCUGGAGUGCGAGACCGGGUCUCUUUUGGACAGAGUUGCGGACCUCGAGAGGCAAUCCUUGGCGCAGAAGGACGAAAUAGUUUGUCUUCGCGCUACUCUAGCGGACGCAUUAAGGCGGAUCGCCCAGCUCGAAGGGAGAGAAAAACGGGAAGAUGAGAGGAACGAGAGAAGAAACGAAAGGAUGGUGUCUUCACCCUUGAGAAACGGCCAUGUACCUCUCAGAAGUAGUCAAAAUUCGGUGCCACAGAAGGACCUGAGGCUGCGCCAGAGCAGCGGACUCAGAAAUUCCUCUUCCUCGGGAUCGUCGCAGGAUGUCCGCGACGCGACGUCCAGUCCAAGACGACCUGUCAGUUACGUGCAUCCCUCUCAACUCCCUCAAAGAUCCGUCCAUUAUCAGUCCACGGGCUCUUUACAUUCGGAUAGCCCAAGUAGUAGUAGUGUUUCUCCGGUGCCAUCACCAAGUCCUAGAGCUACGCCACUGCCUGUAGCCAGAUCACCCACGGCAAGAUCAAACGGACCGCAAAGUAGCUUAAGAAGAGCGAAGAGAUGGUCGUCCACCGGCGAUUUUACACACUCCCCGCAAAAUCAGGGGAGCAAUUCCCAGCUCGUCGGUACCAGAUUGUCUACGUCCACCAAGUCCCUGUUCAACCUGUUCAAGCCACCGGCGAUGAACAACGUCAAGCACGGUACCAGAGACAUGCAGUACAACGAGGAGGAAGGCACCGUCCGCAUGUACUUGCGCGGCCGACCGGUCGUCCUUUACGUCCCUACGUCCAUGAUGGACUCUUAUGAUCUUCACAAAGUUAGUACGCCGCCGCAAAGCAAAUUGAAACUCGACUGGGUCUACGGAUACCGAGGUCGCGAUUGCCGUAGUAAUUUGCACCUGCUGCCGACCGGCGAAAUCGUGUACUUCGUCGCGGCGGUCGUUGUUCUGUACAACAUGGAGGAGCACAGCCAGCGACAUUACCUGGGUCACACGGACGACAUCAAGUGCAUCGCGAUUCACCCUAACAAACUGGUCGUCGCGACAGGACAGGUUUGCGGAACGGAUCGUCGAGAUGCUAUGCCACACAUCAGAAUAUGGAACUCCGUGAGCCUGACGACUCUUAGCGUAAUCGGCAACGGCGAAUUCGAUGGAUCGAUUUGCUGCCUGUCGUUCUCCAAGGCCGACGGUGGAAAUUAUUUGUGCGCCAUCGACGAGACCUCCGAUCACAAUAUAUCAAUCUGGGAUUGGCAGAAGAGCGACCGUGGCACCAAAGUGACCGAAACGAAGUGCUCGGUCGACACGGUGAUUUGUGCCGAGUGGCAUCCGCUAGAACGGAAUCAAAUAGUGUCUUGCGGGAAGGGACACGUGUCCUUCUGGUCCUUGGAUAACGGCGGCAUGCUGUACAAGCGUAUGGGCAUCUUCGAGAGCAGAGAUAGGCCCAGGUACGUCACGUGCGUGGCCUUCAAUCAGAACGGUGACGUUCUCACUGGCGACAGCAAUGGCAGCAUCAUCGUCUGGGCCCGAGGUACUAACACGGUCUCAAGGGUAGUGAGGGAUCUCCAUGCAGGACCGAUUUUCUCUAUAUGCGUUUUAAAGAACGGCGACAUUAUCACAGGUGGUGGAAAAGACGGCAGAUUUUUGUACUUCGAUUCAUCUCUGAAUCUGAGAACUGGAUAUGAAACUCAGAUCGAGGAACAUUUUGGCGGAAUUCGGACUGUUUCGGAAGGAAGAGGCUCACAGUUAUUAGUAGGCACGACAAGGAAUUGCAUUCUCGUCGGUGACGAUGAAAUGGGUUUUCAGCCGGCUAUGUUGGGCCACGCUGAAGAAGUUUGGGGACUCGCGGCUCAUCCGAAAUUGCCUCAGUUUGCAACUGCAGGACAUGAUAGAUUAUUGCAGAUGUGGGAUAGCCUGAGCCAUACUGUGAUCUGGAGCAAAGACAUUGGGGAACAAGCACAAAGUAUUGGUUUUGCGCCGAGUGGCAACGUCAUAGUUGUCGGUUGCGUGUCCGGGAAAUGGAUGGCUAUUGAUAGUGAAACGCGGGAGUUGUACACGCAUCAUAACGAUGGUUCCGAGCCCAUUCAGGUCGUUCAAUUUUCACCUGAUGGUUCUCUGCUUGCACUCGGUUCAAGGGAUAAUUAUAUUUAUAUUUAUCAAGUCAGUUAUGAUUCCAAGUAUAGUCGAGUUGGACGAUGCAUGCCAAAGCGGAUUCGAAGGCACGGAGGACAUUCAAGUUUCAUAACUCACCUGGACUGGUCCGUGGAUGGUCAGUAUCUGCGCAGUAAUAGCGGCGACUACGAAUUACUCUAUUGGAAUCCCAGCGUAUGCCGUCAAAUUUCCCAAUCUUCGAUGUUGAGGAACGUCGACUGGGCGACUCAUACCUGCGUGAUAUCGUUUGAAACGAUAGGUAUCUGGCCGGAGGGCGCGGAUGGAACUGACGUAAAUAAUUGCACAAGAAGUGGCGAUGGUAAGCUCCUAGCCACGGGUGAUGAUUUUGGAAAAGUCAAGUUAUUCUCUCAUCCAGCCUGUCAACCGAAGUCAUUGUAUCAUUCCUACGGCGGCCACUCGAGUCACGUAACGAACGUCUCGUUCCUGCAAGACGAUUCCCGAUUGGUAUCGACUGGCGGCGCCGAUACCAGCGUUCUCCAAUGGAUAGUAAAUUAAGCGAAUUGUCCGGAGAGCGAAUAAUUCUUACAAGUGCACUUCAGGGUCGAGCUAAGAUGAAAGAGGAGUGUCAUCGACGCGUCGCUUACAACUAAAGAUAACGUUUUUAUCUGCACGAUCUACUUAAUUGCGAUGAACAUGUGGCCUCCAAUGUUUAAGAGCGCCGAAGAUGAGAUCAUCCCAAUACCUCGAUUUUUCAACAUCAAAAUGCUACAAUAUUUCCUGCACGAUCUAUUUAAUCGCGACGAACACUAUACUGUUGUCCUCAAAGGAAUCGAAGGUAGAAUCAGUCUGAUGCCUCGAUUUAUUGAUAUCUUUGCUAUCAGGCGCAGAAUAUUUGUAGACUUGAACGUUUUCGUACGUAAAGCAGCUGUGUGCGAAUUUCCUUCUCGUAUCGGUAUAUAUGAUAGCACCAGUGUAAUUUUUUCUUACCAUUGUGUCCACAUGCACAACAUUAACGGAGUGUCUCCGCGCGAUUAACGUGGCUACUCCGAGAGCGGUAUCAUUUUUGUUAAUUAACAAUCCGAAUAAUCCUGUACGACAGUUGUCGCCAAUUUAUUCACAAAGAAACUUGUUUAUUUCUUCCGAAUAUAUUGAUCUGACAUAUAUUUUGUAUCGUGAACAUUUCUUUUUCUUAUAACGUUUCAUGUAAAAGUCGUCAAGGCGGAGUAACAUAAAAUAAUCAAUUUUUAUUUUUUACUAAUUUCAUAUACAUAUACCCAAAGCGCCACGACGGUUCUUUAAACAUUUACAAGUAAUACGUACAACGUAGAUGUACCCUUUUUUAGUUACGUGAAGAUAUGCGCAUACGAAGCAUGCCGUGCAUUAAUCAACGAGUAGAGAUCUCGAAAUAGAAACUGUCACGCGCGAAGAAAGUGAUUAAGUCUUGUCUAAGCAACAGAAUCAAAUAUAUAUUCUCGUGGUAUUUAUUUCAAAAUGUAAAGCUCUAUUCAUUCACUCAUUAAGCAUACUUCGCAAGUUAGAGACGCAUGAUCUCGUGGUUAAAAUUACAUCAUACACUUGUACAUGUGUGCAUAUACAUGUGUGCAAGGUAUUUCGAAAAGUAGAAAGAAAUUAAGAAAUAUGUUCCGAACGUGAUACAGGAUGAGACCCAAAGCCGAAUUUCGAGCAAAAAAGCGCGUGCUUCCUCAAGGGAACAUAUAAAACUAACUCAUUGUGAGAAAGAAGGACUAGGGCCCUUUGCAGCUAACAAUAAGACGCAGCAUAAGGGUUCCCUAACAAAGUUAGGGCGCCAAGGGGCCGAGUGUCCAAAGAUCCGACAAAAUGCGUACAUGACUCACGCUGUAAUGCUGUAAUAUGCCGUCCAAAGUAGGAAAGUACGAUUUAUAAGCAUGAUUCGCGCGCAACUCGACUCGGGUGUACUUUCGACGCGGCGGAACCGAAACAGGGCUUGACAGGAAUCGAAUUGGAAAGGUAUCGAUGAUCUUCAGGUGGGCUAGAGUUGCAAAAGGAAGCCGGAGGAUAACGGAAAUGCUUCUCGAGCGAGGAAUGUACAUACUCGCGGCGGGGCGAAUAUACACGUACAUAAUACGUAUGAGGAAGCUCGCGUCGUUCGUCCCUUUUUUAGUGUUCUUUUCUUCUUUACCCCAUUCUGACAUCCGAAGUGCGUUACCAAAGUCCUUACAGAUCAAGGAUACGAUCACUUUAUUUUCACUCAUAUAUCGUCACGACGCGUGUAAGAUAUAUCUAUAUAUUUUAUUUAUGUCACACACGGCAACACACAUGCACGUGUAUGCGUAUAUUAUGUAUGUACCUUCAAUAGAUAAUAAAUCGUCUUCAAGACAAC